AGCGCUAUGGCCCAAAGUGUGGCUCCGAAUUGGAGCAGAGGCCUGCAACAUGUCUUUCUCAGGGGAGGAUUCUGGAGACACAGCGGAGGAUUCCCAGCUCGCCGGCGAAUCCUUUGCUACUACUCAAGACGAAGAGGGAAUGCAGGAUAUUGAUGAUGGUUCUUCGGUCGUUGGCGGCGAACUUGAAGACGAGGCAAUUAGUGGUGAGAUGAACAAAUAUUUGAGCGUGUACGACCAAUCAUUUGACAAGAUUCAAGUGCCUCCAGAUGUAAUCGGCGAAUGCAGCGAAGCCUUGCAAGCAUUCAUUGUCGUACAGAAUAAUUCUCGAGAAGCUGCGGGGGAAGCAAUUUUCAAUGCAAUUUUUGAAGCUGCCCCGAGCCUCCAAGUCAUGUUCAAGUCUCCGCGGCCCGUGAUGGCACAAAAAUUUUGUGCUGCAUUGCUGCAUCUACUCAAUGUUGCUGUGAAACCGGGCGCCUUGAAAACAGCAGUGGAAACUCUUGGGUUUCAGCACUUGGAUGUCGAAGUCACCGUACCUAGAACGGAUGUCUUUAGAGAAGCGAUUUUCGAGAUCUUUGAGCAGGAAUUAGGGCCCAAGUUUACCACCAAAGCCCGCUUUGGUUUCCAGCUGCUUCUGAACUACACUGGUGGUGCGCUGAUUUACAUCAGACGUGAGUAUGCCAGCCGCAUUAGAAUAAUCCAGAAUAGACCCUCUGCUGCAUUUGGACCCGUUUGUCCGAGAUUGCGUGCAUCACACGUCACAUCUCAGGCUGGAGGUCUGCCAAUAAGAAGGCAGCUGGAAUUACCGACGUCCGCGAAGUCAUGGCCUCCCCAAAGAAGGGAGCGGGACAGACGGACAAGACGAUGGAGGAUGACUCUGAUGCAGAGGUUGACUUGGAGCUGGCGGAGAUGACAAAGA